UGUGACUUGGAUAGUUAACUGCGCUGGAAUCCACAAUGAAAACGUUCUUGGUUGCUUGUGCAGUGGUGGAAUAGAUUCGCUGUAAAAAAAUCUUGGCAAUAUUGAAAUCAGUUCUGGAAAUAUCCAGUGGAGCCACACAGGAUUCAACUGUCAGUGAGAACUAAGUAGUCGCACUUUAAGCUAAUUAGUACUCAAUACUAAACAAGACUAGGACGAUGGCUCUUGCCCAGGACUUAGGUGAUUGUAAGGUCAAGCUACAGAUGGAGACAUAUGUGCAGCCAGAGGUGCAUCCUCAACCUUCGCAUUUCGGCCAAUACACAAAUAAGAUGCAUUUCAUGAGCACAAAUGUUCUUAUUGAAUUGUGCGGGAAGACCUUCGCUGCAGAUUUUUUGAGGCCUGUAGACUCGGAACUACUUGGGGCACCAGAAUACUACGCUAUCAUUGGUCAGCCCAUGGACAUAGGAACCAUCAUCAAGCGAUUGAACAAUAAAUUCUACCAUCACGUGGGAGAGGUGGUGUCUGACUUUAUGCUGAUUAUUCACAACUGCUUCAAGUACAAUCGACCUGGAAGUGUAAUCUAUGAGCGUGGCCAGUUGUUGGAAGACUAUUUCAUGAAGCAAUUGAAGGCCAUCCCCAAGGGAGUCGAGUAUCCGUACGACGAUGAUCGCAAGAUGCUGAGAUGCACGAUGUCGAUCCCGCCAGUCAAGACGGGGCAGAUGCUCCAGCCUCCGACGGGCAAGGAGAAUCCUCCGCCGACUUGUGUGCAGCCCGAGGUGGGGCCAGAGCCCAUGAACUUGGGCAAGUACACAAACAAGUUGGACUUCUUUAAGAAAUCUGUACUUGACGAGGCGUGCAAGCUGGAUUUCUGCGCGGAGUUUAUGCGACCGGUGGACACGGUGGUUCUUGGGGUGCCAAAAUACUACGAGGUCGUCAUGAAGCCCAUGGACAUCGGCACCAUCAUAAAUAGAGUGGAGAACAACUUCUACCACCAUGUCGGCGAUGCGAUGUCCGACUUUAUGCUCAUCAUCUACAAUUGCUUCAAAUAUAAUAAGCCUGGCGAUGUGGUCUACAGCCAUGGGAUGUUGUUGGAUGCAUUUUUUAAGAAGAAAAUGCAGGCCAUGCCCACCGGACCAGAGAUUACAACAGACAAUGCAUUUCCGGGCGCCAUUUCCACUGAUUGUUAUCCCGAAAUUGUCUAAAAGUUUGUGGAAUUGAGUAAAUUCUGACCUGUUCUCUUUCUGCCACCCUAUGAAUCAUUGCCGUUAGAUGCGU